AUGCUUCCCCCUGCACCGAACCAGUCUAACAAUGGUGGGAUGUCACCCCGAUCGCGAUCUCAGCAGAUCGCGGAUUACGUUUUUGAAAGACUUUCAGUCAUUGACUACAAUCGAACGUUCCCUACGGAGCUCAUAGAUCUACUCAUCAUGGCCGCAAUGCGGGACGAGUAUAUUGUCAAUCAGAUUGAUCGUGUCUAUCAAGAUUUCCAAAGGCUCUUGCGGCGUCCACAGUGGCGUACUUUAGAACAAUAUACAGUGAGGCCGACGGUACCAUACCUACAACAACAAGGUCCUACGGUGCCUUACGGCGAACCGCCGCAAACAUAUCAGCAACAUCCACAACCUCAACCUCAACCUCAACCUCAACUUCAGCCUCAAUAUCCUAAUCGUCCUUUACCAACUAUGCAACCUAACCUAGUAUUACCCCGUGGUCAGCCGAAUCCUGCGGCGGAUACUCGCGCCGUGGUUUCAUGGUCUCAACCGAAGAAGGAUCCCGAUGAGUCUCCGCGUAAGUCCAAGCGGUCGAGAUUAUCGAGCGAUGCCGACGCGGAAGUGGUCGGGAACCCGCCCGACUCCGGCGCACCCAUUAUGCAGAAUCCAAAGGCUGUCUCACAGCAUGCUAUCUCAACUCCACCUGCACCGGAUCCGACCUUAGUCUAUAGUGAGCCUCCCAACCUCCAAUCCACGGAACAUACCGAUUACAGCAGCGGAUUUCCGGGCUAUUCGACUUGA